AUGAGGCCUCUUCCUCCAGCUUCAAAGCCAGAGGAAUCAGUGACCUUCAAGGAUGUGGCUGUGGACUUCACCCUGGAGGAGUGGGGCCAGCUGGGGCCUGGCCAGAGGGAGUUGUACCGGGACGUGAUGCUAGAGAACUACCAGAACCUUCUGUCACUGGGGGUGGGCCCUCUUGGGUGUAAACCCGAUGUGAUCUCCCGUCUGGAGCGAGGGGAGGAGCCCAGAAUGGAGAAGAAGGAAGCCCGGCAAGCUACCUGUCCAGCCUUGCACACCAGCUCUGCAGCUCCUUGGGAGUCAUUUCUGAAAAAGAGGGUUUCUGAAGAGGCCACUUCCCCAGAAACUGUCUGUGGGGGGAGAGGCCUGGGCUGUCACGAGCAUGGGCGGAGCCUCAGGCAGACCUCCGCCUUCAUCAGGAAGCAAAGAGGGCCUGUGGGAGAGAGAACUCGGAAGAGGAAUGGGCCAAGAAAGAGCCUGAAACGCCAAAGAACAUUUGUAGAAAAGAAGCCACUUAACUGUGCAGAAUGCGGGAAAGCCUUCAUUUACCAUUCAGACUAUAUUCUACACCAGAGGAUUCACACUGGAGAGAAACCCUACAAGUGUAAUGAUUGCGGGAAGGCGUUCAGCAACAGCUCGUAUUUCAUUCAGCACCACAUCAUUCACACGGGAGAGAAGCCCUACGUGUGCAGCGAGUGCGGCAAGACCUUUACUCAGAGCUCAUCGCUUACUGAGCAUCAGAGGAUCCACACUGGAGAGAAGCCAUACAAAUGCAAGGAAUGUGGGAAGGCCUUCACCCAGAGCUCCUCCCUCAUUAAACACCAGCGGUGCCAUACUGGGGAGAAACCCUAUAAAUGCAACCAGUGUGGGAAGUUCUACUCACAGGUGUCCCACCUCACCCGCCACCAGAAAAUCCACACGGGGGAGAAGCCCUACAAAUGUGGUGAGUGUGGCAAGGCCUUCUGUCACACUUCCUCUUUGACUCAGCACCAGACAAUCCACACCGGAGAGAAACCCUACAAAUGUAACGAGUGUGGGAAAACCUUCAGCCAUAGCUCGUCCCUGUCCCAGCACCAGCGAGUUCACACUGGAGAGAAACCCUAUGAGUGCUCUGAGUGUGGCAAAGCCUUCAGCCACAGUUCAUCCCUGACUCAGCAUCAGAGAAUUCACACUGGUGAGAAGCCCUAUGAGUGUAACGAGUGUGGGAAGGCUUAUACACAGAUUUCCCACCUUAUGAGGCACCAGAGUGUUCACAUGGGAGAAAAACCCUAUAUAUGUAAUGAGUGUGGAAAGGCUUUCAGUCACACCUCGUCCUUCACUCAACACCAGACGAUUCACACUGGUGAGAAGCCCUACAAAUGUAACGAAUGUGGGAAAACCUUCAGCCAGAACUCUUCGCUUACCCGGCACCAGAGGAUUCACACCGGGGAGAAGCCCUAUGAGUGUAAAGUUUGUGGGAAGGCUUAUACCCAGAUUUCCCACCUCAUCCAACACCAGAGGAUUCACACUGGAGAGAAACCUUAUGAGUGCCGUGAGUGUGGGAAAGCCUUCAGCCGGAGCACCCACCUUAUCGAGCAUCAGAAAAUCCACACAGGCGAGAAACCCUAUAAGUGCAAAGAGUGUGGGAAAACAUUCAGUCACAACUCCUCCCUCACCCAACAUCAAAGAAUUCACACUGGCGAGAAACCCUACGCCUGCAAGGAAUGCGGGAAAGCUUUCAACCAGAGCAUCCACCUUAUUCAGCAUCAGAGGAUCCAUACGGGAGAGAAGCCCUAUAAAUGUAACAACUGUGGAAAAACCUAUACCCAGAUUUCGCACCUUAUUCAACACCAGAAGGUACACACAGGUGGCAAACGCUAUGUGUGUAAGGAAUGUGGGGAGGAUUUCAGCUGGAGUUCACACCUGACUGAACACCGGAGACUUCACACUGUGCACGACGCCUGCGUCUGCGAUGAUUUUGAGAAAGGCUUUGCAUGGAGCACACAGCUUGCUGAUGUUCAGAGAACUCCUGCUGACCAGAAAGCCUGA